CCUUCGACAGUUUAAUUCACAUCUUUCAUCGCAUCCAUUUAGUAACUGUCGAGAAAAAACGUUUCGGUUUGUCACGCGUUUUCAAGCUUUUCGUUGGGUUUUUGCGGUUUUCACACUUUUUUGUGGACGGUUUUCACUGUGGCAAUGCGGCAAUUGACUAUGUGUCGCUAAAACGCCAUUAUUUUAACAUGCUCGCCCCGUCCCCAAGCCAAUUUAGUUCAGUAGCAGCCACACAGCCGCGACAACGUUUCGCCUACUAGACAGGGCGUCCUUCUUCGGGACGCCGCCCGGAGGGGCGCAAAUAUGUAAUCCUCCGGCCAACUCGCAGCCUCGCGUGCCUUCCAACAUGUUCUCGAAGUUGCGGAGCGGAAGUAGUGGAGGAGACCGCGACCUACGCGCCCCUCUUGACACCAAUCCCAUCACCAACUUCUUCGAGGUGGGGAAACAGAUCGCCAAUGCUGGACCGGAAUUCGUCUGGAAGAUCUACGAGGCCUAUAGGAAGAGUGAUGGCAGGGAAUGUUCCGUUUUUGUCUUCGAGAAACGAUGUGCCGAAAAGCUGCACAAACCGAAACGAAAAGAGACUGUGACUGAAAUUUUGAGGAAUAGCAUUAAGGAACUGGAGCUGUACAAACAUCCUAAGCUUUUGUUGGUGCUGCACAACAUUGAAGAAUGCGACAACACAUUGGCGUUCGCCUCCGAACCAGUUUAUGCAAGUUUGGCGAACAUUUUCGCUUUCCAAGAGGCGGUGACCACCACGUCAUCGCCGGGCGGCACUCAGCAGCCGCCCAUGAAACCGGGAGUGAUGCAAAGAGAAUACAAUUUUCUCGACAUCGAACACAAAUACGGAUUAUUGCAGAUAACAGAAGCGCUUGCAUUUCUCCAUUUCACCGGACAUGUGAUACAUAAAAAUGUUUGCCCUGGAAGCAUUCUGGUCACCAAACGAGGCACUUGGAAGUUAGCUGGCAUGGAGUUUGUCGAGAAAUUGCACGAUGCCCAGGACGGCCAAGAAGUGCCAUGCCAACCAUGGACGUCCAGAUUGUCGAAAAUGGUCCAACCCAAUCUCGACUACAUGGCUCCGGAAUGCCAGCAGCAAUCGAAGUGCAGUAUGAUGAGCGACAUGUUUUCACUGGGAAUGAUCAUGUGUGCAAUUUUCAAUAACGGCCGAUCCUUGAUCCAGGCAAACUAUUCCAGUUCGGCGUAUUCAAAGCAAUUCGAGCUCAUUGAGGACCAGAUCCGGAACAUUCUUCCCAGAGUGCCUGCAGGAUUGCAGGAGUGCGUCCUAAGACUCAUGAAUAAAGACAUUCGGCAACGCCCCACUGCCCAGCUGCUGAUGCUUCUGAAGUUUUUUGAUGACCCCUUGGUUCAAGCCUUGCAGUAUCUGGAUACCAUCAUGAUGAAAGAUCCCACUCAAAAGAGCCAUUUCUAUCGGAACACCCUCAAAGAUGCUCUUCCGUAUAUUCCAAAGAAACUGUGGUACCAGCACAUAUGGCCUUCUCUGCGCCAGGAAAUGUGCUCGCAGGAGGUUCUAGCUGCUGUUCUUCAGCCCGUGCUGUUCAUCGUCCAGGAGUCCACUGUGGAUGAGUACGAGACGUUCAUUCUUCAUAACUUGAGGCAGAUAUUCUCUGCUCCCAAGACUGUGCAAGCUGCUGUUACUAUUCUGGAGAAUCUGCACAUUAUUCUGGAAAAGACCCCCAGAGAGGAGAUUAACAGCGAGGUCCUUCCCAUGCUGUACAAUGCUUUCGAUAGCCCAACCAUACAAGUGCAGAACGCAGCUCUGAUUGCUGUUACCAACAUCUCAGAAUACCUGGACGAGAGCGCCAUCAAAAUGAUCAUUCUUCCCAAAACAAAAAUAAUCUAUCAGAACAACCAGAACGAUCUGAAGCUGGUUUCCAAUGUGCUUUCCUGCAUCGAGAGAAGCCUGGAUCGCCUGGAUAAGUCGCAGAUCAUCGACGAAAUCAUGCCGCUGCUUCACGAGAUUCGCCUCAAUGAUCCCAUGGUGAUUCUGCGAGUUGUCAAUAUUUAUCGGCUGAUGCUCAGUGACAAAAAGUACGGGCUGAGCGUCAACCUAAUGGCAACCAAAGUGAUGCCCCACCUCAUACCGCAAACAGUCAAUCCCUCCCUAAACUUGGAACAGUUCACCGUGCUCAUCGAGGUCCUGCAGGAUAUGCUGGAUCAAAUCGACCGCAACCAGAGAAACAAGCUCAAACUGGAUAACCUCUCGCUUCCCAGCCCAGAGAGGCAUCGGCCCUUAAGACAUCAGUACAGCUCCGAUAACAUGCACGUCCCCCCUUUUAACAUCCCGAACUUGAGGAUAGAGCAGAGGAAGACUUCCAGUGCUGAGGACAUGCAGCGCAAGAACUCGACUGGGGGCAUUUUGAGCGGGUCGUGGUGGUUUGGAGGACCUUCCUCACCCGAUAGUAACUUCCUCAGAGUAGCUAACGCGUUUCCAAACAGAAGGCUGUCGGAUAACACUUUGAUGACUCCGAAAAUUCGAAUUGCUCCUUCAUGCGCCUCGUCACCUGGAGGCACUCCUGGCGGAGGAUUGCCCAUUCGGAGGCAUUCUAGCAUUGGGCCGCAGGAGCGCAGAGGAUCCACUGUUAAUUUGUCUCCUCCAACGGGCGCCUUCGGAUACAGCUCGGUGUCCCGAGAGGGCUCGAGUCUUUCGGUGCCUUCAACUUCACACCUGGCACGGAACAUGAUAGGUGGAUCGAUGCCGAACACCAGCAGCAGCGUCCCAUUCCUCCUGAGCAGCAGCAUGCAGUCGAUAAGGUCGCGAAGACCAUCCGCAGCCUUCGGGGGAUCGCAGGGCGGCAGUAGCGGACUCCUGCAGCAACUCGGAUCCGGCAUGUAUCAGUUCUUUGGUGGACGUCAGUAAAUGGACCUUACCAGCAUCAGGCUUACCCGCCAAUCUUACCAACAUCAGUAUUGUACGACUUUCACCACAAUCAAAGCUUACCAGUAUUCCUAACCGCACCCAUAUGGCAGAACAUGUUCUUACCAAACUUACCGAAUUGCACUUACCCUCCCCUACUACGUCUGCUUCUACAGCUGAAGAGUGGCAAUCGAACGACAAUCAGAUGGAAACGUGGCAAAUAUGUUUGCUUUUUGUCUAUUUUGUGUAGCAUUUUGUGUCCCAAGCAUUUGUGUAAACGAGAAAGGUUGGUGGUGGAUGGAUCGGGUGGGCUGGAAAUGUGCCAAACUAUUGCCAACAUACACAGUAACACGGGUAUUCUGUACACCACCAGCCUUCUAUAAAAGGAAUGAAAAUGUUCUUAAUCUAGCUCCAAAUUUGGAACCUUUGCUGCGUUUAUCAGUUAUUCUAUUCUAUUCAAGGGCGUCCGUCUUUAGUAUGUCCAUUAAUUCUCUAGUUACAUUAACAAUCAAACUUUCCUGCUAGCGUAUUAAGACGGAUGAUACCCUUAAGAAUAAGUGUGUCUUUUUUCCGCCUUGUAAUGUUAAAGGAGAUUUGUAUAGUUACUAGACUCUCUACAAUUUCGACAGACAAUCGCCUAUAAUUAAAAAAAAAUGAACAGAUAUAACCUCGAUAUAUUAUACACUUCAUAUUUUUCAUAAAACAUAUUUUCAUUACCUAAAUAAAGUAAUAAAUGUUUAUGAUAUGAUGGUAAACGAUAGUUAGAUAUAUAUGUUAACUUGUGAUCGUUGUUCUCUUGGUAGCUACACAAUUUCUUAUCUCGAUUUUUGGAUAUUUGCGACUAGCACUUCUUACCUUAAUCUUCUGAGAAUUUUCAUUCUUAAUGUAGUUUGACUACUAGCUAAGCCAAAACUCAAUUCAUCAACUCUAGAAUGUUUUGUGUUCAUUAAGCGAACCUUCCUAGCCCUAAACGGUGAGUUUUGGAAAACUAGCUAUAUUUCGAGAGACUGUUAUAUCCUUCCUACUAGAUAGUUUUUUAAGCCUCCUAAUCCGUUCAACAGUGAUCUGAACAUACAUGCAAACUAAACUGAUCGGAAAAAUGAUAGACUCGACUAAUGGCCUAAUUAGGAGCGCCAUUAACAAUUCCUGUUCCAGAUCUAACUUCUGAUUUCUCUAAACUUUUGUUUUUUAGUUAAGAAAGUACCCCAUGAGGAUGCAUACAGGGUCACUAGGAGAUCGCUUCCACGGGUUGAAUAACCUGAAUUAUUUUUAAAUGUUUUGUACAGUUCUGUAUCGUACAUAAAUUUGAAGGAUGGACAGUAAUGAUGGCAAUUGAACUGUUCAUGGACGAAUUUGCAUAGUUUUGUGUCAAAAUUGGCUCGAUUUACCCGUUUUAGCAAUACAGUGUGCGCAACUAUAGGGAAUAUUGACUGCAGAACAUUUUUUAUAUUGAUGGUUUUUGGAAAUCAUAAUCAUUGUGGGUAUGGGGCGACUUGCAAAAUGCGUGGGAAACUAAACAAUUCUGAAGAACAAAUUAACAAAUUGCAAAACUUUGCAAAUAAUUCCCCUAAAUUUUUUAUUUUUUAGUCUUCCUAAUUUUUGCUCUUAAAUAUACUGACAAAAAUAACGUUUAUUGGCAAAAACUUGAACGACAAAUACAAAAAUUGAAUUAAUAUGAUUUUUUAAAUGCAUGCAAAAAAUCAAAAAAAAUUGUAAAUAUUCUCCUUUUUGGCAUUUUUGUUUAUAGGAGGUGCCGCAUUAUCAACUUGUUUCCGGAAUUUCCACAAUUUUUUGUAGGCCCCAGUCGAAAGCAACUGGCAAAAGCAAAAAUUUAUGGAUGCCAGAUCUGGAUCCCAAAGCGUCCAUUCAAAGAACUAUUGUUUUACAUUAAUAAAAAGCUUCUUUAAAAAAUGUAGUAACAUCAAAAGCUUUUGACUUUUACCAUGUUUUACCUUAUUUAUUACGCAAAAACCGGCAUUUUUUUGAACUUACCGAGUAAAAGAAAGCUUGCAGCUGAAACGCGAGAAUAACCUACAAUAACUAAAAUAAAUGGUUGAAGAAAUUGUUGAACAAAGUAGGAAUCCAUUAAAUUCCUUUUAGUCGAGUUAGUAAUUUGUAUUCUUGUGCAAAAAUUGAAUUUCUUGCUUUAAUCAUUAAAAACUGUAAAAAUAACAAUCUUCCUGCUUCAAUAAGAGACAUUUCACUUAAAAAGUUGGUUUUGAGAGUCUAAAACAUCAAACGAUUAACGAAAACGAAAAUGAAAAUCAUCAAACCUCCGGGUUUGUCGUUUUCACUUCAAAUAUAACCGUACAAUUACCAAAAAGUAAACCUUCCCACAAUAUAAAUAAUAAUUUAAUUAUUUUAAUAGCAAAUAGGAUAAUUAUAAAAUCGGAAGAAAAAGUUUGAAAAUUAAAAGAAAACGAAAUUCACUGAAAGUCGCAUUAUUUUCGAUAAAAGAACCGCUAGCGCAUUUGACUAACUUUUCUUCAAACUCGAUUUCAAACUAGCGAAAAAGUCAACAUUGAAAUAAGAUUUUGCGACGUGAGGACAGGAGAUGAAUUUUGCAAGUCGCUCGUCCCAACAUUUUAACUAAAUAUGUACUUUUCUAGGUCUACAUCUAUUUUAUAAACACUUUUUGACAAUCUUUUUAUCAUGUCGUGCACAAAAUGAAAGAAAACCAAUCCUUCUUUGUGUUUAGAGAAUUAUAAUAAAAUAUACUCCCCUAGGAUUAAAGAUAAAUGUGUACAUUUUUAAGUGAAAAUUCGCCAAUUCUUAAAAAAUCAUAUCAAGAUAAAUAUUUGUAUAAAAAUAAAAUGUUUCUUAUGUUCGGUGUAUAUAGUAUAUACUAGAUCGAAUAGAAUAUUAUAUUCAAUUGUGCGUGUGAUUUUGGAAAAAUAAAUGGGAAAAAUCAAAGAAUGAUAGUACAAAAGAACAAUAAAACGGUUAGAGGAAAAUCUCCGAAUUGUAAAACAGACAUCAGGCAAUUGGCCUGUUUUUGUUUCUUAUUAUACGCUGUUUUAUUAUUUAUUUUUAAUUCAUCACACUACUUUUUUAAAACGGUAUAUUCUUAAAUAAAAUGUAAUUUAUUUAUUCGCUAUAAAAUGUUUAACUUUAAAUCCGUAGCAUACUAACUAAGCGCAAUGUGGUUACGGAAAUCACCUCUUUUCCCACUUAUACUUACCUUCAAUCUGCAUAUUAUUCGUUGAAAGUUGAUGUUAUUUCCGAUGUCCACAGUGCUAAUUAAAAAUAAAGCCAAUAUAAAUGUAUUGAUGUUACUUAAUUUUAAAAUAACUUUACGCAUGUUUCUUCUAAUCUUCGAGAUUUUCUAUGACAUAUCAAAAAUGUGGAAAUGUUGACUUGGUCAAAAAAUAUAAAAUGUGAUAAUAUGUUU